UAUAUGAUUUGUUUAUAUCCUCAAAUUGAAAUCUUCAAACUAUUUACAUCGAAAAAUGAGUGUGAAAUAAUUGCGAAAUAAUGUUUGUAUUCUUUCGAUCGAUUCGAUGAAUAAAAUGGCAUCGAGUUAAUUUAAAUACGUAUCUUAAAUACAAAUAAUAUUUCUCGAUUUUUUUUAUAACAACCAAGUAACGGUAACUUUUUCUCCUUUUAUAUUUUAAUAAAAAAAAAAAAAAAAUCAGCGUUACAAUCGACGACAGAAUGCCGCAAAAUAUUACGCUUUUAUAUCAUGGGAUAAAAAUAUUCGUUAAAGAACACCAUGUUCGAUAAAUCUCAUUUUUCCUCCGAUAGAUGAUAAAUACGCGUUAUCGAUAUUACUUUCAAACCACACGCUCUCCACGAUAGCUCUCCAUCGAUUCCUUCUUCCUCUUCCCUCCUCCUCGCCCUCCCUUUCCAUCCUCAUUGUCGUCCACGGGGCAAAGAAUUUGUGUCCGACCGGGGGAUGGCACCAUUUCUAUUCAUCUCGAAAAAUAAAGGCGUGCCCGAUCGCGAGCGCCGAUAACCAUGAAUAUUUUAUCCGCAUAAUAUCUCGUGGCGCACCACCCCCGCGCGUUCACACGUACGCCGGUACACGUGUCCCAAUCUCCCUCUCGCCAUUCUUUCUUCACCCAUUCAAGCCAUCGUGCGACUCGUCUAGUAUCGGAUCCCAACCUUCGUGCCCACCAACCCGUUCUUCCCACCAAUGCCCAAUGCCCAAACUGAAAACUAAUUCGUUUUAACGCGUACCAUCAGCGAUGGGUAUAAAUCCGAUGCGAGUUCGAGCAAUAAUUGAAUGAUAAAUUAAACCACGACGCGCGAGAUUUCGAUUUUUCACUUUUUCUCAAAGUAAGGUAAUCAGAGUUCGUGAAACUUGCUCGCGACAAACUCGAUCCCAUCGCUGGACGCCACAGAGCAGCAAACACUGCUUUGGCUCGCGGCUGUAUUUCGGGCGAUUUUGUGCACUCCGCGCGGGACUGGCAGCUGCGUGGGCGUUCUAUAAAUGGGUUCUAUGUCAAUCCGGAGCUUAAUUUAAUGUUUGGAACCGUGGAAAUGAACGUUACCCUAUACGCUCCCCCAUUAAUCUUUCCGUAUCGAUAUUUUUUCUUCUUCUGCCAUUUAAUCCCCCUCUCUCGAGUCUCUCAAGAGGUUUCGCCAACUUCCUCCAAAAAAACGCGAGGAGGAGCGACAGGAAGGGAAAGAGCGAGAGGAAGAAGAGUCGAGAACGCGUCGAAAAGCGGAUCGGUUUCACGAACGACACGCGUUAAUGCUCAAUAAACUCGAGCAGAUGAUCGGCAUACGGCUUCUUCCCCGCAGACAUUCUCCCACACCAUAGACACGAGCUCUUUCUCUCUCUCUCUCUCUCCUUCUCUCUCUCUCUUCACAGCUCUCUCGAGUGGUUGUGAUCCACGAGCGGAGCUAGUGUGGCUCACGCACGCACGCCGCGCGUACUACGAGCGCCGCUUUGUCACGCGUGCCGUUUCCUCUACGGUGUCUGCGUACGGUGCCCGUCUCCCUCGUCUCUCACCUAAGUUUAUUGUUAGAGGGGCCGGCUAGCCGCGGACGGGGCAUCAGGAUUUAGUGCUUCUUACACGCCCAUACCGGUACCACGCGCCCAUAUGCACGCGCUUCUCUCCCUUCACCGAUCGAUCCUCUUCGCCGAUCGAUCCACCAAGCGAAUCCCGCUCGCGCAGAAGACGUGCGGAGCUCUGUCGAGCGUGUGACGCGAUUUUUCGAUCGAUUCUCGUGCCGCGAUUCGCGAAAAACUCGCGGGGAAUUUUCGUUGACGGCGUUGUGUGCUUCUUCUUUUUCUUCUUCUUCUUCUUCUUCUUCUUUUAUCAUCGAAAAGGGGUGCAAGUGAUUCGAGGAAUGUUAUCCGGGUGACAGGCAAGUUUCCCCGUAAUGCCGGAAAUUCGAGUGGAAUUCGCGAGUAUAAACAGACAUCGAGGUAAACCAGCUCUGUCGUAACUUCUUCUUUUCACCGCUUCGUUUCUUCAAAGCGAUAUAUCGUCACGAUUACGAUUACCGGCGGCAGGAAGGGUUUCGUUUCUCUCUCCGUUCGCUUUUCGACUGCGAAAAAAAAAUAUAGAUAAAAGAGAAUCCCGCGUUAGCGGCGGGAUAACGAAAGGAUAGAAGGUUUCGUUUCUGUCGGAUGACGAGGCUGAUGCUUUUCACGGGACAUUCGACUUGGCCAGGUCGAGUGAAAAACGCGAAAUUAGGAUUUCGAGGACACGGGAGUGGAGUGGAACACGAAAAACCAAUUGCACGAGCGGUCGAGUGGCGAGGUGAUGAGCCGGGAUGCGCGGUGACUGCGAAAUAGGGGAGAGAUCCAGGGGAAAAUUGGCGGUAUGGAAAGGGUGCAACGCGGUACUUCUUUGUGCAAACACGGGUCGCGUCGAAGCGCAGUGGUUGGGAAAACAGCAGGGUCGAAAUAAAAUUCGCGGGCAAAAGUGAAAUUUACACGGUCGGGCGGCCGCUCGACCCCCUCGUCCUUUGGCCUUAUCUUUCUAUUUUUUUCCCGUCUGAAGGGAACGAGAAUUGCGACAACUUCGGCUAUUUCCAUUCGUACGAAAUUUCGUCCGCGUUUUCCGACCGGAUUCCGAUGGAAAGAAAAAUCGAAGAAAAGAAACAACGUGAAAAAGGAAUAGGAUUCUUUUCGCUCGUGACAUUUUUUGUGAAAGGGAAAACUCCGUAUCUUCUUUCUCUUCUUUAAGGGGGUAUAUAUCACUUCCGGAGCGUUCCUCUUCCGCGAAAAUUAUAUCGCAAAUCGGAGAGGGAAACCCCCCUUUUGAUUUCUUCCUCGCCCAAUUUCGGUCGUUUCGCAACGCAUUUUAACCUUGCCCUCUUUCCGCUCGCUAAUACGUCUCUAAACCCGCUCGCGCUCUCCUCACUCUCUUUCAUCUCUCAAAGCCCUAAUUAACUUUGGUAAUUAUGUGUACGCCCGGACAGAAGGGUUUUGCACUGGCUCCACUCGAAAGGCGACGCGCGGAACGAGCAAAGAGAAGAUGGAGGAAACGAGAGGGCUAAUGCAGAACGAUGCACGCGCGAGCUGCCGCGCAACCGAGCUUCGCCACCGUCAAACCAGAGAAUUCUCUAUAAAUAGCGCGCGAAAGGAGAUCUCGUGAGAUUUGACAGCUCUUGACGAGCGCUCGUUCCAAUGGAUAUGCCCGUUCCGCGAAAACGAGGGUUCCGCUCGGUCCCUCGACGCUCUUUUCUUUUUUUUUUUUUUCCAUGGAACCGCGUUUAUUCCAAUUUCAAAAGGGAUCUGCUCAACCGCCGCCUGCUCUAUCGACCCGUGUAUCUCUUGGCGGAAAAAAAAUUGGGAUCUAUCUUUCGACGAUGUACAAUUAUUUCCCCUGCUCCCCCGCGAAUCUGCACAGCCCGCGUUCGUUAAUUUUUCACGACGAAACAAUUUUCGAAAGGGACGAAACUAGGCGCGCACAAUCCCCAGGAAAGGGAUUAAAAUUCGACGAUACGAAUUUACGUCGGGACAUUAACCUCUCGUUCGAAUUUUUCCGUUCUCCUGCUAGAGCGAGAUGUACAAUCUUUUGAUUUUAAUUUACUUUAAUUGAAAAUCUCGUUCACAUCCCCUUCCUCCUCGUAUAGCUCGUGCGUUUACGAGAGAAUACGGGGCCCGGCCCAGCUUUCCGUUCUCCAGCUUUUACGCUCCGCGUUGCACACCUGUGCAUCGUGUAAUUUCCACCCCCUCUCUCCGGAUAUCUUCAAACGCGUGGGAUGUCGUACGUUUUAAACGCACCCACCGCCCCACCAAAUUAUGGGAAUUCUCCUUUUCGAAUUGCAUUAACGUGCCGUUUCGAGAAAUUACCUUCUCCAUUCCACGUUAGAAAUUUCGACGCCCUGGUUUCGCAAAAGUUCGUAUAACGACUCGUAUUUUCUUAGAAUGUUUGCUCGUCGCGAGAUGGGGAAGGGUUAAGUUAAGCUACGUGAAAAAAGUAAGUCGAAUAAAUUGUGAAAACGUUUUAGUUCUCGUUAUCGAACAUAUCCAGAUUGAAAAUCCGAAAAAAAUGUUUUUGGAUUAAUUUUUAUUACAUUUUAAUAUACAUUGGAUUACUAGUUCGUAAGUGUUCGAUUCAUAUUCUGCGUUUUUUAUCGGAAUAACAACCCGCAGUAUAUGGAAUUUUAUUCCAUUAUUCAUUAAUAGAUAGCGAUUGUUUAUUCAGUUAUGGAGCAGAUUCGAGUGGACAAACAUAUACAAGAGCGUUCACAAUAAUGCAUAUAUAUAUAUAUACAUGUAUGAAAUAUCUAAAGUGGAGUUCUCAUUAAAAUAUUUAGUACGCAAAAUAAAUCAUUUUCGGUUAUGUUAACGAAACAAUGAAUUUGUAUAAACAUCAGCAAUCUAUUCAUCGUGCGCAACAUAAUAUAAUGCGAUAUAAUAGAGAAGAUUAAAAUAUAUCAAAUUCGAUGCAAUUUUCAGUUAUCCGUUAGCCGUAGACGUAAAUGGUAUUACAUGUAAAUGUAGGCGAGCGAAUGUCGGCGAACUUUCAUCGAUUUAUUCGGAGAAGGGGGAGAAAAAAAAGCCUCGUAUGAAAAAUAUUACUCCACGUAUUCGACUUACUUUUUCAUGCAAAUUCGCACCCUUUGGGGGGUUAACGCCACACAGUUCCACUGAAACCGAAUGCAAUUUUUUUCCUUUCUUUCCUUCUUCCUUUUUUCUCUCUCUCUCUCUCUUUUUCUUUCCGAGAAAUUAGAUAUCUCGGCACACGUCAACAAUUUAUAACAGGGGCGUAGAAUUUUUUCGCGUCGGGAGACGCGAGUUAACAAGCCUAUUUAAUUAAUAAUAGCUCGCAGGGAUAAUUUGCGACCGACUGUCUGGCAUCAGCAUCGUCAUUGUUCUCGCCGGCGACCCUUCACACCGGUUUUCAUGGCGCGGCUUUAAAAAUUGAUCCACCGAUGUCCCCAGACGGCGUCGACUUCCAACCGGCAGACCGUAAUUUUUCUGACGACGUUCUAAAAUAAAUAUAAGACACACGAUGAGCCACCGUAGAGAGUAUGCUACGCCCUCGAUACGGUAAAUCAAAUUUUAUCGGUGGUACAUCGCACUUUUUUCAAGGGGACGUUUUAAAUCAAUGAUGAUUUAUCGAGCAUCCCAGACCUCUCUCUCUCUCUCUUUUUCCUUCUCUCGAUGAGUGACAAAUGACUAUAUUUAUAGAGAGUUGAUCGAAAAAUUGCGCCAUCGAGGCGACACUUCUGCUACAGAGCUUUCUACUUCCCUUCUUUUCGAAUUUCGACCCUUUUUUACUAUUAUUUUUACUAUUAUCCCGGGCUCCAAACGCGAUCUUCUCGUGUCCCCGUUUCUCGUGCGAUGAUUGAACGGGUUUCUGGAAAAAGAAAGAAAUUAGUUCAAAAUUAGUAUGGAAUAAAUCGGAUAAAAAACAUAAAUUUCGAAAAUAUAUCAAAGGAAAAUCGCGUGGAAAAAGAAAGAAAGUAAAAGUAAAAAAAUCUUUCGAUCGUUAAGAUUCACCACACUGGAUUCUCUUUACCGUCGCCCCUUUCAUCCCUCUUAGCAGUCACGCAUAAAAUCGUCGCGUGUGUCGCGUCGUGCCCUCGGCGUAAUUGUGCUGCACGUGCAAUUUAACGUUCCUCGCCCCGAAGAAAACGUUUCCAUUCUCGAGAACGGAAUAACUUCGCCUCGUCCUCGACGUGACAAGUCGUCGUCGUCGUCGUCGUCGUCGUCGGGGAUGUUCGUGCCACCGACACGAAGGGAAGAGACACGGUUACAAUCCGGCGACAGUCUGAAGAAUUAAUUAAGACGAUAAGCGGCAAUCUAAUCCGGAACUCCUCGAAUAUCGAACCCCGAUUCUACCCAAGUUACCCGCGCGAUACACCCGCGGGUAACUGGGGGGCGCCCAACGACGUUGGCACGUUUUAUUAAGAGAUAAAAAUGCAGUUAAAAACUAUUACACCGGGAGAAGCCACGCGUCGUUCUUGUAAAGGAGCAACGUUGGAGGAAGAUUCCGCUAGAUUCCCCUGUAAACUGCAUCCUGCAACUUUUGCCCGGGAGCACAUCCUUAGGUAAAUGAGCUCUUAUCUCGAGCUUCGCAAAAAGCGCCAAGUGUACACACCGUCCUUUCGCGCGCGCCUAACUAUACCCACCCACACACACACACGCCAAAUCCAUCGAGCUUGCUUCUUUAACCAGUUCUUUAACCAGUUAUCCGCGGUUAUUGUGAAUAAAAAGAACGAAGAAGAAGAAGAAGAAGAAGAAGAAUAAAAAGAAGAGGCUCGAGUGUAUAUACCCAUACAGCAACAGUGUUGGUGUUCGUUCAAAGUGUCCAUACGAUGCGAACCGAGUGAAGCGAGCCACUUUUAAAAAUCCUCUCCCUCUCUGUAUGUGCGUGUGUACUGCCGUGCAUGGUGAGCUGAGUAUCGAGGCCUCGUGUGCAUGGUGGAAUGUUAGUGGCGGAAAGUUGGUUCGUUUCGAGUUGGUUGCGAAACCCCUUGUCACGCAGGGACGACAACAGGGAAGGAAGAAGACGGGAAGGAAGAAAGGAAGGAAGAAGGAAGGCGUGGGGCGUGGAGGAGGGAUUAUUAAAACGGCCGGAUCCUAAUCCGGUUGCGUUGCUCGCGUUUACGUGGCCGAGGCGAAAACUAUGCGGCACGAGGCACGAUGAUGGGGCCAAGAAUCGGUGGUGGCCUACCGAGCGGGAAAAAGCUGGACCUGUGCCAGCAGCCGCGUCACACUUGGACAGUGUUGCUGGUGUAUUUGGGCAUCUGCGCCUUGCUGCCUGUCACGAUUCUCUCCGCGCCUGCAAAAGUUCGCGAAAUAUCGAAGGAGGGCCCUGAGAGGCGACCAAACGACGCCAAUAAUGACUCAGCCGAAGGGGAUUUGCCCGUUUUUGAACCGACAGCGGCGAACGUCAGCGCAUUCGUCGGACAAACCGUGUACCUGCCAUGCCGUGUGCGAAAUUUGGGAGAUAAAGUGGUGUCCUGGAUGAGAAGCAAGGACCUUCACAUUCUCACGUCAGGAAACACCCUGUUCAGCUCGGACGCGAGAUUCGGACCUCUGCACACACCGGGUAGCGACGCGUGGACGCUCAGGUUGGACAACGCGAGGAAGACGGAUUCGGGCAAGUACGAAUGCCAGGUGAACACCGAGCCCAAAAUGAUGUAUGCUGUUCAGCUGUCCGUGCGAGAUCCUGACAAACCGGAGGGCUACGACGAGCCGCAUUCUCAGCAGACGCGAAUAAGUUACGAGAGCACGGCACCAGUGGCUGCGAUAAUGGGCCCGCGGGAGCAGAGUGUGGCAUCGGGGUCGACGAUCACCUUGAGGUGCGUCAUAUUAUCCCCGUAUCAGACUCGGCCCAUCAGGGGGGUGCAAUGGCUCCGGGAUAACAAACUCCUAACAUUCCAGGCUGCACGAGGGGGAAUAAACGUGGAGACUGAAAGAGGCGCGGCUCGAACAGUGUCGGAAUUGACUCUGGCAGCGGUCACGCCGCACGAUGUCGGGAAAUAUUCGUGCAGACCGACCGAGGGGCGAACGGACACAGUGAUGUUGAUCGUCGAGCCAGGGGAACGUACGGAAGCCAUGCAACGUGACGCCGGAUACAUCUCUUCCGGAUGUGACGUGAGCCACUGGGCCGCCGGGCUCCUACUUCCGUUCUCGUGGUUUCUAAUACUCGCACGAAACAGCCAAACUUUCCUGCAAUAGCGCACACUCCGACACAGUAUUUCACGCGUGUUCCUCUCUCUCUCUCUCUCCCUAUCUCUUCUAUAUUCUCUCUCUAUAUUCCACCAAAGCGACGGCGGAUGGAGAAAGUACCUAGAAAUUCGACCAACGAUUAUUAGAUACGUAAGUUAGAUAUUAAUAGGAAUUAUCGAUAGGAGAGGGUAACGAGGCGCCAUCCCACGUAACAGAAUGCCGGUAUACCAGAAGUUUUCAUUUGAAUUUCAGAGCGAAUGUUCCAUAUAUAUAUAUAUAUAUACACGCAAAGUGGUUUGCGGAAAUAUCGAAGGAAAGAUCGAUCUCGAUUUUCUUUUUCCCCUCUUCCUUGUUUCCAAGAAAUUUUACUUUUUAUCGCGAUACUUAUUCUACCGCAUUGUUCAACCGUUCAAGCAAAUAACCGGGACAAGGUCGCGUAUAUGGAAUAGAAGCGGUGAUUUUGCAGAUAUCCGAAUGGAAUCGAUUACGCGAUAGAAACGAGAGAAUUAUUGAAAUACCACGAAGCAGCACUUUGCGUGUACGUGUAUAUAUACUUCAAAACUACGAUGAAUCGCGAAUAUAUUUCUUCUAAUCCAAGGUAAAAUUCGAUAAUACUUGAAUUUGCAAAACGGAGAAGCGAUAGACGACUUAAUCGGGAUAAUAAUAUUUUCGAAACUACUAUCUUUUUCUAUCUUCUUCUUUUAAAUGUUGCCCAAGAUCCCUGUGCACCUUCCCUUCAAGGGAAUUAUUAAAACGGAUCCGAGAAAGUAAUCCGGGGAUAAUUCAUCGGAAAAACGGUAGUAGAAACGAGGUAUCGAGAUGGAGGAGGAACUGGUAAAUUUAUUUUUUACGUAAAUAAUUCAGAGAGCGAGCAGCCGCAAUGGAGCGCUUGAUCCCGAAACGGUGUACGCCUUCUUCGCGUGCUCUUACAAUUCAUGACGCUUCUUUGAGAGUCUCUCUCUCUCUCUCUCUCCAAGUCAAUGGGAUUAAAGUGGCCGAGUAACGUCAAAGGAUGUACAAGUAAUUCGAUAUCCUAUAUAUCUUGACUCCGAUGUCGAUGCCUCCCCCGGCAUUUCUAGGGAACGGCGUUAAUGAAAGAUUUUUCCUCCAUUCCGUAACUCGAUUCUCCACGACGACAAAAAUAACCGUUUGCGAUACUUUGCCAUGGUCGCAUGGAUAAUUGGACCUACUACUACUCGCCAGUCAAACCGAUUAACUUCAACUAUUUUUUUUUUUUUUAUGGCAAUUCAUAGAGAGUGCGCGACUUUUGCCCAUCUCUUCGGAAAAUAGAUUUAUCUGGAUGAAAGUUGAUCGCUGCCUCGUUACCUUCCUUAAUCUUCCUUAAGAUUAAUUUAUCAGCGUACCUUUAACGAUGGUAUUAAACGAUGGUCUUAAAUACGCACAAUUAGCGCCACGAUCAAGAUACUAUUUAUUGUUAACGAUACACCCUAAGUAGAAGUUCAAUCAUCGUCAUCACCCAAACGAGCAAACGUCUAAGCUUUCUCGCGAUUUUCCAACGAAAAGAAAGAAAAAAAAGAAAGGAAAAAUAUUUAUACCUUUGGAACAUUAUUAAACGAGCUUAUAGCACGAUAUAUCUCUAAAAAAUAAAAUCUUCUCGAAUCGCACAA